AAAACAUUCGGUUCCUGGUUUAUUGUUGUUCCGGUACCUUUAAUUCUUAAUGAAUGUUUUUUUUAAGUCAUGUGUUUAAAACACCAUUAGUAUUAAAACAAUUACAUUUUAAUAGUUUUCUCCAUACGUCACUUCAAAGAAAAAUGUCCUCGGAAGUGGAAAAAGCUCAGGCUGCAAGUCCUCAGGAAGAUACUAUUUUUGGUAAAAUAUUACGAAAGGAAAUACCAUGUAAUUUCAUUUAUGAAGACGACCAGUGUGUUGCAUUUCAUGAUGUGAAUAAGCAAGCGCCGACUCAUUUCUUGGUAAUCCCACGAAAACCAAUUUCACAAUUAUCUAAAGCAGAAGACAAUGAUGAAGCUGUAUUAGGUCAUUUAAUGAAUGUUGCACGUAAAGUUGCUGCAAAAGAAGGCCUUGAAGAUGGUUUUCGUUUAGUCAUUAAUGAUGGAAAAAAUGGUGCUCAAUCAGUUUAUCAUUUACAUUUGCAUGUUCUUGGUGGACGCCAAAUGCAAUGGCCUCCUGGUUAAAAAGAACAAUUUAAAUAAUUGAAGAAUUAAUUUUUAAAUGAAUAAAUGAAGAUUUUCAAAAUA